AUGGCGUCUCUAGGCGGCGUACGCGUGAGUAUCAUCGAGGCCCGCGGCAUCCUGGCGGCAGACAGCGGCGGCACGAGCGACGCAUACGUGACCAUGACGCUGCUGGACUCGAAGGACGCGGUGAUCGCGGCUGGGGGCAGCUUCAAGACGAAAGUGGCGAAGAAAACGCUGACGCCGCAGUGGCUCGAGACGUUCGUCGUGGGGGACCAACUGGAUCUGCGCGUGGCGACGACGCUGCGGCUCUUGCUCCGUGACGCAGACGGGGCGUUCUACAGCGACGACGUGCUGGGCGUCGUGGACAUCCCCGUGUCGCUGCUCUUGGGGCUGCGCGCACCGCUGGACAAUUGGUUCCAGCUGACGAAGCACGUCAAGAUGAAAACCGACUCGAGCGGGGAGCUCCACGUUGCGCUGGAGCGCCUCGCGUCCGAGGAGGUCAUGGCUCGUCGAGGAACGGGUGUCCCUAUUGACCCGGAGGUCGCGACGAAGCUCGUGGUAGCGAGCAAGGAGCCGCCGAACUUGCUCUACGUGACGUUAAAGUCGGGCAAAGAUCUGCUCGGGAUGGACGACAACGGCACGACGAGUGACCCGAUCGUGUUUCUCUCGUUCAACGGGCAGAAACACGAGUCGACGAAGAAAGAGAGGACGCUGCGGCCGCAGUGGAAUGAAAAGUUUGGGUUCUUCGCGCCGAGCGUGACCAUGACGUUGUCGGUUCUGGUGGAGGAUUACGACAUUACGAUCAAUGACUUUAUGGGCAAAGCAGUUGUGCCAUUGAAGGGUCUGACGCCACAUGUGGAGAAGGAUGUGAUUGUGGAACUAGGCGGCAAGCGAGGCAAGAAGGACAAGUUACAGCGUGGCGUUAUCUUGCUUACAUUGUUGUGGACCUACGCUGCGGAUGCUCGUGACGUUGCGAGAAAGAAGAAAAAGUCGACGUUUCUGCCUUCGUUUGGUGCUCCGGACAAAGACUAUGACUCGAGCGGUGACGAUGGCGUGGAGAUCGAUGAUAGUGCAGCUAACAAGAAGUCGGAAGAGGAGAUGAAGAAGGAGCGAGAAGAGAAGGCAGAGAAGCAGGCAGCAUUAAUGAGUGAGCUCAGCAGCUUCGAAAUCAAGUCUGGCGACUACAAUGUGCAGGUGCAUGUCAUUGAAGCACGCGACCUGGUGCCAAAGGAUUCAACGGGCACGUCGGAUCCAGUUGUGUAUGUUGAGGUCUUUGGGGAGAAGCAACAAACUGCAGUGAAGAAGCAAGUUCUGAGCUGUUUCUGGGACGAUCUGCUCAUUUUUCCGUUCCGGAAUAUGGACAAGUCGGAAGUCGAGAUGGGAUACGUCCGGCUGAGCGUCAUGGAUGCUAAUACGCUCCAACGUGCAGAGCUGAUCGGUGGAGCGCAGUUUGACGUGUCCUACAUUUACUCGCAGGCAAACCAUCAGCUGGCGAACGUUUGGAUAGGCCUUACGGAUAUUUCAAACUCCACUAAUCAAGGCAUACAGGGAUACCUGCGAGCGUCUAUCUCGAUCAUCGGACCAGGGGACAAGCUAAUUCCACCUCCUUCACCGUUCGGCGAAGGUGCGGCUACAGAUAUGAGCAAUGUUAUCAUGCCUCCAAGUGUCACUCAGCAGGUCCACUUUUUGGGAGCAACCAUCCACGUGGCUGAGCACUUGCCGCCCAUGGAUGUUGCUGUUGUCGGAAGAGGUGGUCUGGAUGCUUACAUCAAGGGAUCGAUCGCUGGUGGAGACGCGAUUCGGACUCGUGUGCGCACCAAAAAAGGUCGGCGCGAUGAGCUUUGUCCACGCUUCAACGAGGAACUGAUGCUCGUUAUUCGCGAGCCCUCCAUGGCCGAUUCUAUCCAGCUUGGUGUCUUUGACUGGGAUCAAGUGGGAUCUGACGAACUGGUUGGAUAUGUCUACCAGAGUGUGAAACUCGUGAAGGCAAUGGGUGGUAGAAUCGCACCAUUUUGGGCCAACAUUUACGGAGCACCUUUACGUCUAAAGUCGGUAGGUAUUGGUGACUCCAUGAAGAAGCAGAUGAACACGUAUCCCGAUAUCGCCAGCACGUAUCGCGGUCGUCUACUCAUUAGUUUCCGUAUCUUGACAAACGACGAUAACGAGUUUGACGAGACGAAUCAGAAGCGCAAUACUAAACGUGUUCCGCGGGACUUGUACCCUCGAGAGCGCAUCUAUCGCCUCCGAGCCCACUUUGUGUGGGGUAGCGAAAUUCCGUCAUUCUUGAGCUCCAAGCGUCCCGGGCAGAAGUCUAUGAUGCAGUUGGUCAUGUCGUGUGGCCUGAACGAAAUUGCUUCUUCUCGAAGCCGUAAUGUGAAUGGCGUAGUCGAAUGGAACAACAUGGAGGAGAGUGAAAAGAUGUUGCUUCCUGAAGACAUUUCUCAGGUACCAGACAUCUUUUUGUACUUGUGCAAGGGAGAAGGUGACACUCGAAGAGCUGUGUGCUUUCGCCGCUUUACAGCAAAAGAGCUUCUGGAGGACCAUGGCGGGUUUGACAGUGAAGUAGAGUGGAUUUCGAUGAAGGAAGACCAAGCGAUCGAUGCGCUCGAAGACGAAACGUUCCCAGGUAAUGUGCUGGUUCGCAUGGGCUUUGGAACCGAGGAAAUGGCAAUGCAGACAUCAUGGGACCGCACAGACCUGGAUGCAGUAAACAAGCGUAUUCCGUAUCAGCUUCGCGCUCACAUUUACCAGGGCCGCCGUCUCCCGCCAGCUGAUUCAAACGGACUUUUGGAUCCAUAUCUUCUUAUCCGGUGUAUGGGUGAGAAAGAGAAAAUGACGUCUAAAAAGAGAAAGACGAGAGAUCCGCUAUGGUACGAAACAAUUUACUUUGACGUGAAUCUGCCAGAACUGAAGUAUGCACCUCAAGUGAUGUUGCGCGUCAUGGAUUUUGACGACUUUGACACCAACGAUUUUGUUGGUCUGGCUGCGUUGAACCUGUCGGAGGCACACAUUCGGACAUCGGAAGAGCUGUCAAGCGGCCAUUCGCCAACGCUGCCGGAUCCGAAGUGGCAUCCGAUCAUGUUCCAGGAGCCUGGUGAUUGCGAAGGUGAAAUUCUGGCAUCCUUGGAGCUUAUCCGUAAGCAGUUUCCAGAUGAGAAGGUUCCUCGAGCACUCCCGAUCUUGCCAAGAAACCGCAAAGCUUUUCUUGAGAUCACGGUUCUGGGUCUCCGCAACAUGGAGCCGUAUCAUUUCUUGCCAAUCCAGCUACCGUUUAUCGAGUUUGUGCUUGGUGGCAAGGAGCACGCAGCUCAGGAAAUGAUUACCGAGAAGUCAAAGCGACCGUCUGGAAGCAACCCGAACUUCCUCCAACGCAUUGUAAAGGAGGUAGAGCUACCCGAGAACGCGCAUUUUGCGCCCCGAUUGAACAUCAUUGUGAAGGACACGCGCCUUGGAGGGUUUCAGACGCCUAUAGUCGGCUCUGCUUCCAUCGAAAUGAGCUCAAAGAUUCCGUGGUCAAAGCACUACCGUCCGCCUCAGAACGACACGCUGGCUGAGAUCGAGCUGGAAUCUGGUGACGAGUGGGGAGACGACGCACCUUUGCUCGGAAAGGUUACUCGAGAUAACGACUUUACUCCGUUGGAAUCUGUUGAUAACGGAGCUGGCGUGUUCGGUGCAUUAAAGAGUAUGGGUGUCGAAUUUGACCCCAACGGAAACUUUGACGAAGUGUCAUCUCGUCGAUCAACCGUGGUAGGCGAAGAAGACGAUAUGAAGUCAAAGAAAUACCUUAGGCACCGUGAAUUGCUGGAAGGUGACCUUGAAUCGGAGCUGAAAACGACACCUUUCGAGAAAUAUGGCCUGCACAUCGGCCAAAAGAAGAAGAGUUCAUCUCUCCUGUCAGCAUUCAACCCAUUUGCAAAGAAGUCGAGGGGAGUUGGAGGCGACGUUGGCAUUUACAAGAUGGCUGGGUAUUUCAAGGGCUUGAUUCGUAUCAUUGAGCGUGAAGACGAAAAGCCGCUGUUUCCUAUCGAGACUCUGCUUCAGUCACUGCCGUACGAAAUCCGUGUCUACGCUCUAGAUGGAGUCGGCUUUGCGCCAAUGGAUAUCGGGUUAAAUGGCCGGCCAGGCAAAUCCGACCCUUACUUGCGCUUGACAGUUGGGGACCAAAAGGUCAGCGAUCGCAAGAACUUCAUCGAAGAUACGACUGAACCUGAUUUCUACAAGAUGUUCGUGAUCAACACAAAGCUCCCAGGUGCUAGCAUCCUGACCAUUGAAGCAAUGGACUACGACCUGAUUGGAGGUGACGAUUUGAUCGGUAAGACCACGAUUGACCUUGAGGAUCGUCUGUUCGAUAGGCGAUGGCAGGCGAUGGGGAAAAUGUAUGAAACAUCCAAGCGCUUUCGCUUGAAGCCGCUUGAGACCCGAACGCUCAACAUCCCGACAUCUCAAGCUCCAAUGGGCACGAUCAAGCUGUGGAUCGACAUUUUGAGCCCUGCUCAAGCUCAUGAUUACCCCCCUAUCGAUAUCUCACUGCCUCCACCAGUUGAUAUGGAGCUUCGUGUGGUCGUGUGGAAGGCACGUAAUGUACCUUCGUUUGACACGCUGGAAGACAUGAACGAUUUGUUUUUCCGCUGCUGGAUGGAAGGGUCAGACUACCAGGAAACGGAUAUUCAUUGGCGUGCGAAGAAGGGCAAGGGAUCGUUUAACUGGCGUAUGAAGUUCCCCAUUACUCUCGGUCAUAAGCAAACCAACACUAAGAUACCGUACUUCCAUAUCCAAGGCUGGGACAAGGACGUAAUGUCGGCUAACGAUGCGAUCGGCGAGCAUACGCUCGACCUUGGACCAUCGUUCCGCCAAGCUUACAAACUCAAGUCAAAUGUUCAAGUCUACGAAGAUGACGAGGAGACAAAAAAGAGGAAGAAGAAGGCCGCGUCCAACGAUGACGCUGCAGUAAAAAAGAUUAGGGAGGCCACUGGUCUCUGGGACGACGACGACCCGCCCGAUUCGAAGUGGCUAAAGUUGGAAAGCCUUGAUCAUAAGACCAACACCCGUAGCUUUAUGGGUGAGGUGUGUGUCUCGCUCGAGCUGGUUCCAAUGGAAAACGCAACGCAGAAUCCUGUAGGUCAGGGUCGGUCGGCACCAAACAACUCGCCGUACUUGCCUCCUCCAGCCGGACGUCUUUCGUUCUCGCUCAACCCGUUCAAGGUGCUUAACGACUUGCUGGGACCGUCGAUCUGCAAUCGACUCAUGUGCUGCUUUUGCUGCAUCCUGUUCAUGGUGCUCGUGUACUUCUUAGCACCGUUUAUCAAUGUGGCCAUCGUCGCGAUGAGACCAUAG